AUUAUACAUGCUAUGAGCAGCAAAGAACCCCCGAAGGGCAGCUCCCGCCGGUCUCUGCAGGAGCCAGAAACCACAGGGAUCGGCGAAGAACAGAGAAAUUGAGGGUUUUCAUUGAGGGAGCGAUGUGGGUCUUUUACUUGAUGUCGUUUCCAUUGACUCUAGGCAUGGUGAUCUUCACAUUGAGGUACUUCGCUGGUCCGGAUGUGCCUCGCUAUGUGCUCUUCACCGUCGGAUACGCCUGGUUCUGUUCCCUCUCCGUUAUCAUCCUCGUCCCCCCCGAUAUUUGGACGACAAUAAUUGGCUUACAGAAUGGAGGCAUUGCUUUCUUUUGGAGCUGGUCAUAUUGGAGUACAUUUUUGCUUACUUGGGCUGUGGUGCCCCUUAUCCAAGGUUAUGAAGAUGCUGGAGACUUUACGGUGACAGAGAAAUUGAAGACUAGCAUACAUGCAAACUUGAUGUUCUAUUUAGUUGUGGGGUUAGUUGGUCUUUUAGGACUUAUUCUUCUCACCAUGAUGGGUAAAAGUUGGAGUAACGGUGUAUCAGGUUUAGCCAUGGCAUACUCAAAUACCUUUGGACUUGUUACUGGUGCAUUUCUUCUUGGUUUUGGUUUGAGUGAAAUUCCAAAGAGCAUCUGGAAAAAUGCUGAUUGGACAACUCGGCAGAAGGUUCUUUCUCAUAAAAUUUCAAAAAUGGCUGCGAAACUUGAUGCUGCCCAUCAAAAAUUAUCAGAUGCCAUUGUAGUGGCCCAGGCAACUUCCAAGCAGAUGUCCAAGCGUGAUCCAUUGAGACCUUACAUGGAUGUUAUUGAUAACAUGUUAGUUCAAAUGUUUAGGGAAGAUCCGUCCUUCAAUCCGCAAGGGGGGCGAUUAGGGGAAAAUGAUAUGGACCAUGAUGCAGAUGAGAAAUCAAUGGCAAUGCUUAGGCGUCAUCUGAGGGGAGCUAGAGAAGAGUAUUAUCGAUACAAAAGUGAGUAUAUGACAUGUGUCAUGGAGGCCCUUGAACUGGAAGAUACAAUAAAAAACUAUGAAUGCCGCAAUGAGAUUGGAUGGAAAUUCAUUUCAAGUCUCAGACCAGGUCGAACUGGUAAAUUGGGGCCUUUUCUUGAUACAUUGGAAUUAAUCUGGCGAUGCAUCCUUAGUAAGCAACUUGGAAAGCUACUGGCUACCAUUCUUGGUUGCAUGUCAGCUGCGAUCCUUCUAGCAGAGGCGACACUACUUCCUACUGGAGUUGAUUUAUCGCUUUUCUCAAUUCUCAUAAAAUCUGUAAGGAAGAAAGAGGUGCUUGUGCAGGUGUUCGCUUUUAUUCCUCUGAUGUAUAUGUGCAUCUGCACAUACUUUUCAUUGUUCAAAGUUGGUAUGCUGAUGUUCUAUUCAUUGACACCAAGACAAACCAGUUCAGUCAAUCUGCUUAUGAUAUGCUCGAUGGUUGCUCGUUAUGCACCGCCAAUUUCCUACAAUUUUCUCAAUUUCAUUCAUCUUGAUGGAAAGAAAACUAUUUUUGAGGAGAGAAUGGGGAAUAUUGAUGAUGCUGUCCCUUUCUUUGGGAGAAGCUUUAACAGGAUCUAUCCUCUUAUUAUGGUUGUUUACACUUUGUUGAUUGUCAGUAAUUUCUUUUACCGGAUAAUUAAUUUUUUUGGGAACUGGAAGAUAUUUAGAUUCCAAACAGAUGCUGAUGAUGCAGAUGGUUUUGAUCCAUCAGGGUUAAUUAUCUUGCAAAAAGAACGGACUUGGUUUGAACAACGCCGCAAAGUCGGUGAGCACGUCAUCCCAUUAGUGAGGAAUUUGAACAGGAUGAGCAGUGACAUCGAGCCUGGCGGCAACAUCAGGAAUGGGAACAAUGUUGAGAUGAUGGCAGCAAACAGUUCAUCUAAGGCAAACGCGACAGGAGGUACCCUAACUCCUUUCAAGGAAGAAGGUAAAAGAUAUGGCGAGACCCGAGACGUGAUCAGCCAAAAAUAUGCAGCCAUUAGGCAACACAGCAGAGAAGCUUCCAAGAUGAAGGCAGACGACAGCAUUGCCUCCGCAAAGGUCUCUCUGUUAGAAGCAGGCUACUCCGAUGAGUCCAGUCAGGCGGCUGCUGGGCCAUCUUCUGGUUUAGCCUCGACAUGGGCAUCAGUGAAGUCAGGUUUUCGAAGUUUCAAGGUCAAUGUUGAGGCCAAAAAGUUCCUUCCAUUGCGCAAGCUCCAGGAGACCAAGUUUAUAUCUGGUGCUGCUUCAUCUGCAUCUGAUUCCCUUGAUGACAUAUUUCAUAGAUUGGAACGUGGAAACUAUAGCGACGAGGACGACGAAGAUCAAACAGAAAUAAGGAGUUCAGGCCCAAAAUGAUGACUUGACAUGGUUGUUGCAGAUAUUAUAGGGAAGACGAGAUGUACAGGUUUGUGAACAGUUGACAGCAAGUUCACUUACACAUCGUUUGGGUUGCGGGAAAUGACCAAUAUAUUGUAGCUUUUAGGUUCUUCUAAUUUGUUCUGUUAUGUGCUACGUAGAAUUUGUAUGAUCAAACAUUAUGAAUUUUGGGCUAAGAUGGAGAGAACAUGCCUAAAGAGCAA